UCUUCAGUUUCCGGGAGACAAGUCAGACGACACGCGAUUUAUUUUGGUUCGGAAAUUAGUCAGCGAUCGCAGAGAGGGGAGGCGGGCGAACGUGUUUCUUCAUAACAUUUGUUUGGGGUUAAGUUCUGAAGUACUUGCUUAUCGGAGAUCAAGAACUAAAAGAAUGACCCGAGGGAAUCAGCGUGAAUUAGCACGAGCCAAAAAUAUGAAAAAAACCACAAAAAAAGCAGCAGCUGAACAAGACAGUAAUAAAGGUCUCUCUUUGGAACAGCGGAAAGCACGAGAUGCAGAACGUAUGAGAGAAAAACAACUUAAGAAACAACAAGAUCAACAAGAAAAAUUUAAACAAGGUACAAGAUAAUUCCUUCCAUAAGACAUAAAUGUUUUGACUGAAAUAAUAAAUUAAAGUUUUAAAUAUGUUUUUAAAAUUCCUGGUUGUAAGACAUCAAAGUUAUGCUUACUGGGAAUGCAUAAAAAAUUCAUAGUGUAUUUGAUCAUAGAAAAUAUCUACAGACUGUGCUACAGUAUAUAUUACAAUCUUAUUUCAAAAUAAUCGUGUCGUUUACAUCCUACUCAUAAUAAUAAAAUAUAGUCAAAGUGUAUAAAAGUAUUGUUAAUAAUUAAAUGGAAAUAUGCACUUGACUUGUCCAUCUAGACAUAAGAAUAUAUAAGUAAUUAAAUAUGAAGGUAUUUGUAGUAGUAAUUUUUAAUUUGUAAAUUCAAGCUUUCAGUUAUUUAAUAUGUUGUAUAAGUAAUUCUAAUAAAGCAUAAUAUGUCAAGAAGAUA